CCCUAUGAGUUCGGGCGGGCAAAUUAAGUUGAGUUUGAGGGUGAGAGAGACCAACCAGUAGAGAGAGAGAGAGAGAGAAUGGGGGAGGAUCGCCAUGAAGCCGUGGAUGGCUUGGUGAACCUAUUGAACAAGGCCAACCACGACCUCUCCGUCGUUCAUCACAAGCUCGAGAAGGAGUUCAUGCAAGUCUACCCCGAUUCUGCAAAUCCCAUGAAGCUCUUGGUUCGAAUAAAAAAAAUGCAACGGGAUCUCUCGUCUUUGAAGGACCUGUGCCGCGAGCUUCUUGCAGCCAAACAGGAUCUGAUUGACAGUGCCAGGACGACUUUAGUUGGGAAUAGAAAUUUAUUGCAGCGAAUGCAAGCUUCCCUUGGCAUUCCCCCUCCCACCGAUUCUGAUAAUUCUGCAUAUGAUAACUUCAAGCAGAUCACUGAUGAAUGGACUGUUCAAGUCAGGUCCAGAACAGGUAAGGAGUUCAGGGGUUCGCUACUAGUUUUUUUUUUGGUUUUUUGUUGUAGUUGGAUCAGUGCAUAUGGGGCAAAAAAACUAUUCCAAAAGAAGGCAGGAGGUCUUUUCCUUUUGUUGCAUGUGUGGUACUGUGGUCAGAUAAGCCAUGCCUUCCAUGAACUAGAGACAUACUACUGGUUUUGCUGAACCUAAAUGGUUGAGAAUUUUGUAGCUGUUUCCAUUUUUUUUUUUUAAUUUUAUUUUCAAGGGUUUAUUUUAUUCAUAAAAUCCUUGGAUAAACCAUUUAGCAGAAGUCAUUAAACUGCUCAUACUUAAUUCCAAAUGGAGCAUAUACCUUGCCCCAUGUGAGCAGAACUUGCAAGGUCAUCCGCAACUCAAUCAGCCAGUGAUUCCUUGACAUUAUUGACAAAUGGAAAACCAAUGAUUUUCCAUAGAUGCUGCAAUGCAAGAUGUGGGAAUUUCUUAGACUUGUCUGAUCACUCGUUACAAUACAGUCGGAUUUGAAUUUUGAGAUAUAUGAUAUAUCUGGGAGUUGAAGGAUUGGUGCUAUAAACAAGGUUAGUACACAACAAGAAGUCAAUGAACCCAUAAUUACCCAAGAGGCUGUGGGCCAGCAAGUGAUGUAAACAAGUACCAACAAGGGAAAAAGAAAGAUCUCAAAUUACCUGAGUUGUUUGUGACUAAGAAGUUUUCUGUGUGAUCAAUGCAGGGGAUGAUCGGCAGGGCUCGGACUCUGAGGAUAUCAACCAACUACUCUUUUCUGCAGUGAUCCAAAACAACUGAACAGAAUGAAUCAAGUAAGCUGGUUGGAAAGAAAUGUCUCAUAUCUUUGAUGGUCAUACCCUGUUUGGGAGAAGACAGGCUUUCUCACAUCUCGUUGGGUGUUUUUAUCCAAUUGUUUCAACGGAGUUCAGCUACAAGUUUUUAGCAGAACUGGCCAGUUCUGUUAGCACCGUCAACCCUCCUCUCAUGCGCCUGCACCUGCGCCCAGCAUUCUGUUCCUUGUUGAUCAUGUAUGUCAUUAACUUGUCAUUAUACCAUCUAAUUUGUUUAGUAAAUUUCUUUAGUUUGUAGAAAUUUAUAACAGCUGAAUGAGUUGCAAUCUGUGAAAAAAAUGGCCCUUCA